AUGCGCCCGGCGGCGCCCGGUCGCCGGCCGGGGGGCGUUCUUUUCAACUUUCCCUUACGGUACUUGUUGACUAUCGGUCUCGUGCCGGUAUUUAGCCUUAGAUGGAGUUUACCACCCGCUUUGGGCUGCAUUCCCAAGCAACCCGACUCCGGGAAGACCCGGGCCCGGCGCGCCGGGGGCCGCUACCGGCCUCACACCGUCCACGGGCUGGGCCUCGAUCAGAAGGACUUGGGCCCCCCACGAGCGGCGCCGGGGAGUGGGUCUUCCCGGGUCGCCACGUCUGAUCUGAGGUCGCGUCUCGGAGGGCGCGCGCGGGCUCGCACGCACGCGCGCGGGGCGCGGGAGCCCGCGAGGAGGGUCCCGAGAAGGGGAGGCGCGGAGGCCCGCGGCCGACCGCCCCGGGCCCCCCCCCUCCCCGCGCACACGCGGCACCCCGACCGACCGACCGACCCCCGGCUACCCGUCGCCCCUCCGGGAGGAGGCGGCGGCGGCGGCGGCCGGCGGCCGGCGGCCGGCGGGCGGAGAGGGAGAGGCCGAGGCGGGGCGGGGAGCACGAGCCGGCUGCCACGGAACGGACGGGGCGCGGGGCGGCGGAGGGGUGGACGCGGGCGGGAGGGUCGGGGCACGCGCGGGCGCCGAAGCCCGAGCGGGCGACGGACGCGCCGCGCGCCCCCUAUCUUCCCCCCGCCCCCACCACCGCCCCCGCCCUCGCGGCGGGAGCUCCGGGGCGCGAACCGCGGCGCGGCCACGGCCCGGGGGGAGAGCGCGCAGCGGCGGGCAGACGCCGCGGCGUCCCGCGGGUCGCCGCCGAGGCACGCGUCCCCGGGGCGCGGACGCGCACGCGGACUCGGCCUCGGGCGCGAGCCGCCCGUCCCGACGGGGCGAGGGCCGCGGGGGGUGUGGCCGGGAAGCGGGCACGGGCCGCGGACGCACGGCGCCGGGGAAGCCGCCGCGGGCGUGGGGGUGGGCGGGGCGCCAGCCGGGCGCCGGGACACGCCGCCGCCUCGGGCAGGACGGCGAACGACGGCGGACCGGAAGACGCGACCCCACCCCCGCCACCACCGCGGGCCCCCGCCGCCACGUGGCGCGAGACCGUCCCCAACCCCCGACACCCCGCGCGCAGCAACACCCAAAGGCCGCUUGCGGCGCGACGAGGCGCUCCCGGGGACGCGGGAGGGGCGCGCGCACGCGCCGCACACGGCCACGGGCCACGCGACGACCGCCGGGCAGCCCCCUCCCGACGGCCGCGGCGGCAGUGACCGUGGCGCGCCACGCCGCGCGCCACCCCGGCCCCUCGGGGGACGGCGGAGUCCGGGGGAGACGGGAGGUACCUGGAAAGGGGAAGGCGGGCGAGGGGCACGGCGCGCCCCCACGGGCCACCGCCCCGACGCCGACCACCGACCGCCGACCACCGCGCCCCCGCCCGAAGCCGCGCGCGGGCCUCGGCGCUGCCGGCCCGUGACACACGGGGGGCCCCCGCCGCGCGCCGGUCGACCGCCGCCCGGAGGGCCCCGCCGGGCGCCGGACAGCCAGCCCCACCGGCCCCCCCCGGAACGGGGCAGAGCCCUUUCCCCACCGCAGCGCCCUCACACGCUCCCCCCCCCCGCCCCCCAGCCCCGAGGCCCGGAGGGCGCGGGGAGGCGCCCGGCGACCGCGGGGCAGGCCCAGAGCGGCGGGACGACCGACGACGACCGGCCGAGGCGGACCGGUCCAGGGCCGGCGGCGCGGGAGGCGACGGGGCAGGGCGAGCGGCCCCACGACGGGGAGAGCCGCCGCCCGUCACGCCGCACAGCCCGCGAGACGCGACCGGAGGACCCGCGCCGCGCGGGGUCCACGGGCCGGGGUGGGGGAGAGGCGGUCGUGGCCGGCGCCACGGGCGAUAGUCAAGUUCGACCGUCUUCUCAGCGCUCCGCCAGGGCCGUGGGCCGACCCCGGCGGGGCCGAUCCGAGGGCCUCACUAAACCAUCCAAUCGUUUCAGCUUUGCAACCAUACUCCCCCCGGAACCCAAAGACUUUGGUUUCCCGGAAGCUGCCCGGCGGGUCAUGGGAAUAACGCCGCCGCAUCGCCAGUCGGCAUCGUUUAUGGUCGGAACUACGACGGGCGGGGCGGCGGAGGCCGGGCGGCGAGGACGCGGCGACCGGCCCGCGGGGGGGCAAGACCGGGGACCCCCGUCCCGCGCUCAGGCGAGCGCACCGGGGCGGGGGGCGCCCCCUCGUCCGGCACGCGACGGCGGCGGCGGCGGCGGCGACGACACGGGCGACGGAUCGGGGCCGCGGCGGGCCCGGGAAGCGAGGCACACCGGGGCACGGCCCCGGGGAGCAGCAGACGGCGAGGGGACCGAGGCGGGCGGACGGACGGAGAGGGGCACCGACGGGAUGCGGCCACGCGGGGCCGACACCACGCGACCGGCGGCGGAGGUGGGGUGGCCGCGCGCCACCGCGAGGGGAACGGCCCAAAGCGACCCGGGGGAGGGGACGCGAGUCGGCCGCCGGGGCCCACCGCGGGAUCUCACCGCCACAGGCCCUCCCGGCACAGGGGCGGUCCCGCGGCACCACCCGGGGACGACCGCCUGGCGCCCCCACCCUCGCGGGGCUCACGCCCACCGCCACCCACGGAGCCGCAGCCGGCCCGGGGAGAACACUCUCCCGCCGCACACCGGCGCCCCCCCUCCCCCCACGGCCCUGACGCGCGCGGGGCCCCCCGCCCCGCCCCCCUCGCUCAGGGCUCCGAGGGCACUGCUCCGCCCGGGGACGCCACCGGCCCGGCAGAGGCCGGGGGACGACACCCACGUGAGGCGAGGCGAGGCCGGCUCGGGCCCAGACAGGGGACCGGAACGCGGGCGGUCGCACGCGCGGGACGAGGAGAGGCGAGGCCGGCGGCGGCGGCGGGGAGGGGCCGGCAAGCACGCACGGCGGGGGCCGCGGGACAGGGACGCGGGCGCCGUCCGGGGACCAGAGGAAAGAGACCGGGCACGCGGCCGGGCCCCCAGGAACACCAGCGCGGGAUCCCACCGCCACCCGCACGCGAGGGCGGUCCCGCGACGCCCGGGGCGCCGGCCGGCCCCGGCCAUCCCCGGAGCGUGGCCCACGACCCGGCCCCGCCGCCAGGGCCGGCGAGCCGUCCACCCGUCUUCCGCCAUCCAUCCGCGACAGGUCCGUCUUCCGUCUGAGUCCCGAGGCGCGACACCCCGGGCACAACGCUCUCGAGCGAGGCGGCCCGGACCGUGA